CUUCCGUUCUCUGCUCUCAGUGACCAAGAUGGCGGAGGAACCUGGGGCUGUGCUGCAGUUCCCUCCUUCUGCGGCUGAGGCCGGCGAAGGCCCUUCGGAGGUCUCUCCGGAAACAGCCACCCCAGAGCCCCCGUCUUCAGCCGCAGUUUCGCCGGGGUCGGAGGAACCUCCCGGUGACACUAAGAAAAAAAUUGACAUCCUGCUAAAGGCCGUGGGAGACACCCCAAUAAUGAAAACGAAGAAGUGGGCAGUAGAACGAACUCGAACCAUCCAAGGACUCAUUGACUUCAUCAAAAAGUUCCUUAAACUUGUGGCCUCGGAACAGUUGUUUAUUUAUGUGAAUCAAUCCUUUGCCCCCUCCCCAGACCAAGAAGUUGGAACUCUCUAUGAGUGUUUUGGUAGUGAUGGUAAACUGGUCCUACAUUACUGCAAAUCUCAAGCAUGGGGAUGAGCCACAGAGAUAAACAACUUGCAACAACUUGAUAUUUUCACAGAGGAAAAGCUUGGAAAAGUUUUGAUGCUGUGGCAAGAGACUUAAUGGAUAUCAGCUAAUCAGAAUGACUCUCCUGUGACUUCUCUUUAUGUAUAAGAAAAUAUCCAUGAGUGAAUGGACCGAAAAAUGAGAUUUGUUACUGUACCAGUCAUCAUAAAAGACUGACAUGAGAAUGUGUGUCCAUUGCCCCUACCCAUUACUAUUUUUUCAGACCUGCUGCCAAGUUUAGAAAGGGGCCUGGAAUUCUUUUAUUGUGGUUCUCACAAUGACUGAAAUUGUUUAUGUGUAGAAUUGGCACUGUGUUGAUUCUAUGGUAAAAAGUUAAUUUUCUAAAGAGUUUGAGGGUUUUAUUUGGGGAACCUCUGUUGGGAAUAUGGAAUGCUUACAUUUUAUCUACUGUAUUGCUUUGUAAAGCCAAAUUGCAUUGACUUGUCUAAAUAUCUUAAGUAGUCCAGUAGAGGGCAGCCCAGUUGGCAGUAAGGUUUUGACAGUUUUGUCUUAUAGCUUUGCCAGGUGAUUAUAGGGAGAAAGGCUGUUCAAGUUAAUUUCUAAUUAAUAUGUACUCAGGAGAGCAACUAUGUUAAUUAGAAGACUUUCGGAGAAUAUGCAUAAUUUAAAUUAUUUUGGGAAACAGUUUUAAAAAUUCUGAGCAAAUAAGUCAUAAUUCUUUCAGUCCUGUCAUUUAUGAUUCUGAACUUCAGCCUGGGCACUAUGAUGCACACCUGUAAUCCCAGCACUUAGGAGGCUGGAACAGAGAGGUCAGGAGUUCAAAACCAGACUUAGCUACAAGAGAAUUUAUCUCAAAGUUUGAGUCCCCAUCCAAUGUAGUGUGACUGUCUCUUAUGCUAUGUCAAAAGAAUCACUUAGUAAACCUGUCAACAACAUUGAGUAUUCUGAAAUUCAUCCCAAACCCUCGAUUCUGAGCUCUGUUUGUGUAAUUUUUAGUUUAUUUUUGCAGGGCUGGGGAUCAAACCCAAUGUCUUGUACAUGUUAGGCAGGUGCUCUGCUGACCUGCAUCUCCAGCUCUCGUUGAAUGUUUAUCAAGGUAUUUUUCAAGUUGAAAGCAUUCAAAGAUAAUAGUUAAAAAAAUAGCCUCCAAUUUUAUGUGUAUUUGCAUCACUAAAAAAAGACUUAUUUUUGUCGAUGUUAGACUGGCCAUUGUUCAAAGUGAGAUUUAACUUCCUCUGCAUAACAUUUGUUACUCCAUUGGGAACCAGGCAUGGUGGUGCACACACAAGCUAAGACAUGAACAUCUCAAAUUUUCAAGGCCAGUAUGCGCUACAUUGUGAGACUGGUCAAAACAAGAAAAUUAACCCUUCCUUGUCCCCCUCAAAACAUUCCAAUAAAUUGAAUGGAAUGUCUAACAAGGAUUUGAGGGUAUAUAAGAAUUCCAAGUGUUUAUUUUCAAAAGUAAUGGCAGAAAUUUAUUUUUUUAAUUAAAAAAAAAUUAAAGCCUAGAACUACACUGUUUUGUUUUGAUUUUGAGGCAGGGUUUUUGUGUCACUCAGGCUUAGCAGGAACUACUGACUAAUCUGCCUCAGGCUCCUGAGUGCUAGGAUUACGGUUGUGCAGGACUGCAGCUGGCUCAUUUUUAACUCUUAAGUCCUAGAGUAAGUUUUAUGGCUAGUAUUCACCCACAUGUUAGCAUUAGAAGAGCCUGUGUAAUAAUUUACAGUAAGGAAAUUGCUGCUCAGUUCUCUAUUCCUGCCUAAGAAUGAGAGUUCUUGAUUUCUCUUUUACCAGUAACCCUUUGGAAUAAAUUAAGGCAGGUAAUAGUGCAAUUACACUGACAGUGAAUAUACAAAGUAAAAGACUGGGAAAGAAAGCUGUGAAGUGUUAAGCAGGAUGAUUUGCAUAUGGGAAAGAUCUAGUGUAGCUUUGCCCACUUAGAGGUUACUGGAACAUGUGUACAUAGAUAUUUAACAGAGAAAUGCACUGCAUUUAAUGUUUGUUAGUGUUCCAGAUAACAAGACUGUUUACUACCUCUACCCAACCAAAAAUACUUGAGUUUGAAUUUGUAACAUAUUUUAAUCUAAAUAACUUAAUAGCCUAUUAAAUCAAAAGUUACCUAAA